AUGUGGUUUUCGACACCCUCUGCCGAGAGCCUCACGAGGCCGCGGGUGGCUAUCGUCAUUGUCUCCGCUUUAGCAGCCAUCUCGGCAGGCUACUAUGCAUACCACAGCAACUCACCGCAUUUCGUGCUUGAGCUGCCCGAUGGGUCGCUACACCGAAGCAACGCGGUGCGCCGAAACCACCGCCGCUCCCGGCGGUCAGGAACUGUCUCCAGUUCGUCCUCGGAUGUCGCUGGUGAUGAAAAUGCAGAGAAUACCGCAUUGCCACAGCCACCACCACAGCCCUCAACUGAGGGCGAGACUGGCGUCGACGAGAAUAAUGAGGACGAGUGGUGGAACGACCCGAGUCAACUACCUCCUCAGAGAGCAGGCCACAAUAUUGUGGGCUUGUUGUUUCGCGUAUCAGAGGAUAACGCGCGCCGCAAUGGGUGCGUCCAUAGAGGAUGCCAAUGUAAUGCCUGCGGCAUGGUCCCUAUCCGAGGCAUUCGCUACCGCUGUGCAAACUGUGCAGACUUUGACCUCUGUGAAACCUGCGAAUCUCAGGGUGUCCACAUCAAGACGCACAUCUUCUACAAGAUUCGAAUUCCGGUCCCGCCAUUUGGCCACAAACAAAUGCAGCCGGUCUGGUACACUGGUGAUCCAGAAUCUUGUCGCCGUGCCGUGCCUAGAGGAAUCAUGGCAAGGUUGUCCAAGGAGACUGGCUUCGAGAGACCCGAGUUGGAAGCAUUCUGGGAGCAAUGGACCUUCAUGGCCAACACGGAAUGGAGAGAUGACCCGGAUCAGUUCUGCAUCGCCAUGGACCGCAAGACCUUUGAACGAUGUCUUGUACCGACAGGUGCUUCCGCAUAUGCAGAACCUAAUCUGAUACACGAUCGCAUGUUUGCAUUCUACGAUUCAAACAAUGAUGACCUCAUUGGCUUUUCUGAAUUCUUACAUGGUCUCUCCUACCGGCGACGGAAAGAUAAGCUGCAGACUGUAUUUGACGGCUACGAUAUUGAUGGAGAUGGUUACGUUAAUCGCCGAGACUUUUUGCGCAUGUUCAAAGCUUACUAUGUUUUAUACAAGCAAAUGCAUAGAGACAUAUUAGACGGCCUCGAAAAUCAACUACUCGCGAGUACAGAAGCAAAGCACCUUGUCAAUGGCCGACAGCCCCUCAGCAGUCUUUUUGGACGCGAGGAAAGAGUCCCACAGGCUGACUCGAAUAUGCGCUUUGAAGGCAAAACAUAUCAUCCGGACGGCCAUGUAGCAGUGGACAAGGACAAGGAAGCUGCCUUUGUCGAAAACGAAAACGACACUGCCACGCGGAGAGAUAUACUGACGAGUCUUUUUGCAUGCGAAACGGACAGAAGAGCCCGACGACGCGGGCUGGUUAUUGGUCAUGAUGGUGACGGGAACUGGAGAACAGCCCGUCGAGCCAGUGGUGCCGAUGCUGACGGCACCUACUGGCUUACUAUGCUUGAUCCGCCGAACAAUCUAGAACAGUUCUCGGAUGUUUUACUUGGCAACAAUAAUGGCGCCGACGAAGACAGUGCGCAGCGAGACUCUGCUGAUGAAGACGAGGGCACUGCUGGGGAUGAACAAGGUCCCAACUCGAACAGCGCCGAAGCCAGGCCACCGACGGAAAGCGAAGCACGCGCAAGAGCUAUUGAACGCAGUCGAAGACAAGCUCCUAAGUUGGACAAGAAGCGGCGUGAUAUGGCCAGGCGCAAAAUUCAUGACCGGUGGAGACGUCGACAGUUUUACCUCGAUCAGGAAGAGGGUGGUGCCGCUCCGGAUGACUGGAGUGACGGAGAAGACAUUCUUGCCAAGGCAGAGCAAGCAGAGAGGCGAGAGAAGAGACGCCGAGAGAGGCGACAAAACGGUGCACCAGCAUCGGUCGAGUCCGAUACCAGCUCUGACGACAUUCCAUUCCAAAUCAGACGUGAUGAUCCUGCUUAUAGACAUGGGUUUGCAGAAAACGACGCUGGAAAGGAAAUCCUUUACCAAGUGACGCAGCAGGCAUUCAAUGAAUUGUUGGACGUCAUCUUCAAGCCAGCAGAGGAUCUUGCGGUACAGGCUGCUGAAACUAGGCUUGAGCGCGCAGCUUACGCAGACCUCAUUGACGAGUUUGAUCCCUCGCAAGCAGACACGGAGGAAGAAGGCGAGGAUGGUAAAGAAAAGACGGGCGGCGAUCAGCCGUCUAGUGAUAAGCCCGCCAGCGAGAAGAGCCUGGAUGAAUUGCUAAAGGACAGCGGAUACUCGGUAGAACCGUCAGAGCCUCGUAACGCAGUUGAGUUGCAGACGGCCACCAGCGUUGAAGAGGUGCUGGAAGCGGCAGACAAGGCCGCAAAUUCUGUCGCGGCGAUGGAGGUACCGGUAACAGAGUAUCGUGACCCUACGCUACCCCAAUUUCGGCCCAACAGCGUAGCAGAGGCGGCCACUGCAGCUCCGUCCGUUACGGUAUCUGAGGCUCCGGAAACGAAACGGAGUUCAACGCCGGAGCCAUCCAAUGCAACACUCAGGGAGUGGAAGCGCCUCAACCUGGCCGAGAUCCAGGCUGAGGCCCGAGGAGGCUGGGGCAAGCUCAACUUUGCAGAGUUUGAAGAAAUCUACAAGUCACAAGAGACGCAAGGGAACAGACUGGACUACUUGGGCAGCUGGAUCGACUUUUGCAUCCCAUAG